UGCACAGCUGAUCUAUUAAUGAUUAGGCAAAUUUAUCGGUAAUACAACUUGUAAAUGAUAUCGGCAUAGCCAUACUGAUAGUGAAAAAAAAUUUAAUUAAUUUUAAGUGAGUGAAAAGCAUUAGAUAAAAAAGUAGGUCACACAGAAAAUGGCAACCAGAACGAAUACUAUUGAACGCAAUGCCAAUGGCACCUCCAAAUCUUCGUCUCUACGUGAAAUUUGCGCGCGGGCAAUGACAAAAUCCGAAUGGGAAGACAAGGAUGAGUUUCUAGAUGUUAUUUACUGGUCACGUCAAGUGUUUGGCAUCAUACUCGGCAUCAUCUGGGGCAUUGUGCCGUUAAAAGGCUUUCUGGGCCUCGUACUUUUUGCCGGCAUUAGCUGUGGUGUUGUAUACCUGUAUGCCAUCAACUUCCAAAAUGUGGAUGAGGAUGCCUACGGUGGUGUGUGGGAGCUAGUGAAAGAGGGCUUUAUGACAUCGUUUGCCGGCUUUUUAGUGACGUGGAUCAUCUUCUACACCGGACUGCACUACGACACAAUAAUGGCAACCAAGAACUCAUAAUACUAGCCAUAUCAGGAAAAUCCCGGAGGAAUGCAACGAAGAGAGAAAGAGAGAGUAGAAGGAACAGGAGCAGAAGGAGCGCACUGCAAUACAAGCAAUAACAAUAACCAAUUCCAGAGUCCAAAUGCUAUUCCCGCAAAUCCAUUUUGCAGAGCCAAAGCAUAUUUACUAGUUGCCCAACUUAUAUAUACUUCUUUUUGUCCGUUUGUAAAUUGUUGAAACAUUUUUAGCCAAUUACGUAAAUUAUGUGUGUGCAUUUGAUUUAAAUAUUUACAAUAAUCGCCGGUUGUAUUGCGAA